AUGCCUGGAGGCGGCAACAAGCGUGGGCGCAAACGCGCUGAGGGAGAGCAGGAAGAAGAGUUCGACAUGGCAUUCGUGGAUGAGGAUGUCGAAAUGGUCGACGUAGACUUCGCCUUUUUCGAGCCAUUCGAGUCCGACUUCCAUGGCGUCCGAGCUCUAUUGCAGAAGGCUUUUGAGUUCUGCAAAAGGGCACCGAUAUUGGACAUCAGCGAGAUCGCUGAUGUAGCGUGCAAUCAAGGUAUUUUUACUUACUUCUUUAUCAUGCAGCAAGCCUCACGACCUUGAAGAUUUUUUCAACAUGAUCUUUUUCUAGGACCGACUAACUAUCACGACCUUGAAGACUUUUUCAACAUCUUUUUCUAGGACCGACUAACUAUCUAGGCUUUUUCUAGGACCACUAGGCGAUAAACAUUCAACGAAAAUAGGUAACAUCGGAACCGUCCUGAAAUCCGGAGAUGAAGAGGGCCUCUUCGGCAUCUACACUGCAGUCAACCUGAGACAAUACAAGGCCAGCUUUGCCCAAAGUUUGACUGGUUUCGUCAGUUUCCUAGCUCGCUUUGGUGGGGCCGAGUUGUGCACCUGCAUAGAGUCCCUUGAGGAGAUGGAAACAGCCACAGGAACUACCACGAAGAACAGUUCUUCAUCAAAGAGGAUAGACCACGCAGCUCCUGUGCCAUCGAUAGCACAGCCAACUUCUGGAGGCAACAAGGCUUCCUGCUCAACAUCUUCGAAGACAGCUUCUUCGAGGAAACACAGCUUGUCAGUGACAGAUUUGGUAGGUGCGGGUGAUGGCAGUGUGGCAGGAAAGGUGGCAGCAUGGAUUGAGAACAAGAACGUUGGUCUCUUGAUCAACGAAAGGAUCAUCAACUUGCCGGAGGAAGUGGCCUUACCAUUGCAUAAGGUAUUUUUUAUUUUACUUUUGAUUGUGGCCUUACGACCAUUGCAUAAGGUAUUUAUUUUACUUUUCGUUUUUUACAGCUUGUUAAUACCUUUAUAUCUAAUUUGUAUUGUUCUGGUAUUUGGUAUAGCCUGAUUUCGAUCAUAAGGGAAAACAAGAAGAGAAUGCUUGUGAUCAAAUUCAGGCUAUACCAAAUCCAAAUACCGGAAACAUUCAUAAUUUGUUGUACCGUCUGGUUAUUUUCUCAUCUCCAAAGUCCUCAUAAUUUGUUGUAGCGUCUGGUUAUUUUCUCAUCUCCAAAGUCCUCAAUAUGAUUCCAACUCCCUUACCUCACCAGGCCCUCCAAGAAGGCAUCGAAUGGUCUCAGAGUACUCCCGAGUGCCCAGAAGACGAACGUCCCUUUUAUUUCUUCGAUUACUUUGUUGGCGUCGCCAAAUGCUUCGAAGACCACGACGGCAUGGCCUUCGCCAACUACGAAGAAGAGAUCUACCUGAGACAUGCGGUGUAUAGGAAGGCGAUUAAAUUGCUACAAGCGUUUCCGAAUAAAGGUGGUGGAUCUCCUGCAACCUCGUCUGGAGAGUCCUGCGAAGAUGAUGCUAGCCAGGUCCGCGAAAAUGAACAUAGAGUUAUCUAUGUCAUCCGCGCAGUCGACUUGCCUAAAAUUGUCGGCGAAAUCGAAAACUACAGACCUGUCAUGGCUGUUGGAAGAGGCGGAGGUUAAGGAAGUAAGGAGCAGCUUCUUGCCUGUGCAUAAGCUGCGCUUCUUAUUUGGCUUCUUCUACGCAAGUGGGUAGCCGUAGCAUACAAAACUUUCAUCUGCGCUUGGUUCGCAAAACUGUGACCAUCUGAACAAAGGUAAUAACUACCAUCACGAUGACGACGUCGUGCUCGUUCAAACGCAGUUCUUCUUCUUGGAAACAUUAUCCGCUGUUGUACGCGAUGCAGCGAGGCACCAAGCAGACAGAAAAUUAGCCAAAAGCUUAGGAUCAUCAGAUUGCGG